UUUUGUUUUUUAAGGUUAUGUUUGCGUAAUGUUUGUCUGAUCCUAGGAAGCAAUUAUCAGUAAUUACCGGCUUCGUUCGGUUUCAUGUUAUGACAAUACCCAAUAUGAGGGUCAGAUGUCGAAUGCUUUAUCGCUAAGUAGCAGGCGAUCCAAGAAACCGCCAUGUCAUUUAACUCGCUCGCGCGGCGAGACGAGGUCAUAGUUUUUCAUCUAUUUCCAAUAAACUGCGCCGUAACACCGUCCAUUGGACGGGUGACGCGUUGAUGAACGGCGUCCGCUUAAUUCGUAGUCGCUUAGCGAGUAGUGUGGCUGCUAGGAUGUGUUCAACUAAGUCCAGUUACGAGGAGGCUGUACGCAAGUUGAAUCUGUUGCAAUCAAACAGAGCAACUAUUGAACAGAUUAGAAAAGACAUUAGAACCGGACAAGUAAGUACCACAGUACUUCAGCAUACUAAGAAAUGCACAAAUUUAGAAGAUAUGGAGUAUUACUUGGCGCGAACUGGAGUAAGCAUGACGAAGCUGGAUGAACUGUCUGUGAUACAUAUAGCUGGAACCAAGGGGAAGGGUUCCACAAGCGCGAUGUGUGAAUCGAUCCUCCGUCACCAUGGGUUCCGUACGGGGUUCUACUCGUCGCCGCAUUUGGUCGCUGUGCGCGAGCGCAUCCGACUGGAUGGCCGUGUCAUCUCUGAAGAACAAUUUGCUAAAUACUUCCAUCAAGUACAUGACUUGUUGGAUGCUAGUAAGGCGUUCGAAGGUGAUAUGCCGAAAUACUUCGCGUUCCUUACUGUUAUGGCGUUCAACAUGUUCCUCAAGGAGAAGGUGGAUGUGGCCAUCGUGGAGGUCGGCAUCGGAGGCAUUGUCGACUAUACUAAUGUAUUAAGAAAAGUUCCUGUAGUCGGUAUAACAGCACUAGGGCUGGACCACACAUCGAUAUUAGGCACAACACUGCCCGAGAUCGCGGCAGCUAAGGCGGGAGUCAUGAAGUCUGGUUGUGAAGCUUACACGGUCAAACAGCCGCCCGAAGCCAUGGCUGUGUUGAGAAAUGUCGCUAAUAGUGUUCAGUGCCCAUUAACAGUAGUCCCAGACUACGAUACCUACACAUUCCCGAACACAGAACGAGCUCACUUGCCAGUCGAAGUCGACGCCUACCAAACAAACGCCUCGUUAGCCAUACAACUAGCCCACGCGUGGCUCCGAAUCACCAAACCAAUACACACGAAAAACGGCCUUAUUAAGCAUGUCGUUAACGGCCAAAAUGGCGUGAAGAAACCAGUAUUAGAACCAAACACAGUGGUCAAAUGUGUCACGAAAGAAACGAUGACGGGUUUGACCAGUUGUAAAUGGCCCGGGAGGUAUCAAGUUGUGAAGGCAGACUAUGCGCAGUUUUAUUUAGAUGGGGCCCAUACUAAAGAGUCUAUGGAGAUUUGUGCGCAGUGGUUUAAGAAUACUAAUAGAUUACAUGACAAAGUACUGAUAUUCAGUGCGACAGGGGACAGAGAUGCAGAAAUGUUACUUCACCCACUACAUGACGUGGGCUUCAAAUCCGUCUAUUUCGUAGUUCCAACCGCCUACAAAAAUAUAGCACAAAACAACGACAAUUACUCUUUAGUGGAACAAGAAGAACUUAUUGCCAGGUGCGAAAAACACGCAUCGAUCUGGCAACACUUGCAAGAAGGUUGUAUAGAUGUUAAAGUAGCUGGCUGUGUGGCUGAUGCCUUGGUCGAUUUGAAGAAAAAGAAGAUUGUUGAUAGGUCAUCCGUGUUAAUUACAGGGUCAUUGCACUUAGUUGGUGCUGCGUUGUCGAUAUUAGAUCCUAAUUUAAGUAGUUGAUUGUUGAGUUUUAAUAAAAGUUUAUUUAUUAUA